AAAAUAAGACACGUGUAGUAAACUAAAGCCUUGAAAAAAAUGAUUCAAUUUGUCAACAACAGUAUAAAAAUAUAUUUAACGACAUACAAUACAAAAAAAUGAAUAAAAUUUUUCUUUGAUAAAGUCAAAUAUUAAAAUAUUUAACUGUCCUUUUAGAUUUCAUUGCUUCAUUUCUCUAUCGGAGACAAUUUAAUGCAGUUGUUUUGCUUCACAAGUGAUCAUUCACGUUUUCGUAGCAUCAUUCCUCUAUCAGAGACUAUUCGACAUAGUUUUUUUGCUUUACAAGUGCUCAUUCACGGUUUCCUAAGGAAAAAUUAAAACUUCACUAAAGUGUAGAGAUACAACAGCAAAAAAUAUAUUAAAAAUUUACAACAGUUAAUACAUUAAAAAAGAAACACAGCAAAAAGCGAAUCGACUCAUGAUGAACGACACAUCUGUUUUCGUUCAACAUUCACCAAACUUUCAAUUUCUAUCUGUUUGUCACUAUAUUACCACUCUCGGCGUUAUCUUUUACAACAAAGGCCUAAUUAGAUUGAAUGAGCGAAAUCAGACUGUCCCUGUACUCAAUACUUAUUUCAAAUACCUUAAUAAUUCCAACAAUGUAAUCGAAACAAAACUCCAGCUUCUACAAACAAUAUUAAAAGGAAACGAUCUUUACGGUGGUGACGAAAAUGAAACACUCGAUACAAAAUACGUAGAUGAAACAUAUCAGUACAUCAUCAACAAUGCUCUAUUUUCACACUAUGGUAAUAUCAACGAUUAUUUAGCAAAAAUAAUCAACAAGGCAGAUAAUACAUCUUAUUCCACGUUGAUGAAAACUAUAAAGCAGGAAUUCUUUAACAAUUACACAAGUAUAGAUUACUGUUCAAAAACAAACAAAAGCCCGAAACUUAAUUUUUUGUCAGCUAAAACAAUUUUUUUUGAAUAUAUUCUGCCAAUAUUUCCCGAGCCAGAAAAUAAAGAUAUGAACAUAAUGGAAGUGGAUUAUUUAUACGCAAUGGCUGGUUUAAAAAUUGUCAAAUCCAUACUAGCAGAAACUCUAAACGCUUCGUUUGGUGAUUUAAUUUCAAUUACACGAGAGUUUGAUUUACAAGAGGAUUACGGAAACGAAACUUAUCAAAUAAUGUUAGCAGCUUUUUCAACACCGGCACUAUUUUUUUACGCCUCUAAGGAAAAAGAAACAUUCAGGGAGAAAUAUCAAACUUUGUUUAAUGCAGAAUUUUGGAAUGAAGUUUAUGAAAAUUUAUUUUCAAAUAUUAAUUUAGAAAUGAAUAAAAUUAAAAAUCAUUAUUUUGAAAACAACCUUUAUUACAAAUUCGAAAAGGAAAUGAAAGAAUUAAAAAAUCGAAGAUUAUUGGCAACAACUAUACUAGAGAAACAUUGUACCUUUUCUACUUUUAAAAAUCUUUUAUCUGAAUCUGUGACAAACUAUAUGUCAUAUUAUCAUUUCCUUGUAAAAUUAACUCUUCCUUCUGGUUGUUCUUUAGAAAAUCUACCCGAAUUGCAAGUUGUUUAUGAGAAACAGUUUGAAAAUGUAAGAAAGACAAAAUAUGAAAUUGAAAAGAUUGCAAUAAGAAAAGUUUUAAAUGACAGUAAAUUAAAAGAAAAAUUAGACUCAAAAUCUAUUGUUAGUGAUGCAAAAGCUAAAGAUUAUCCAACGUCAAUGGGGAUACCGCCUAUGGCAAGAAAGAUAAACCCCAAUGUAUACCUACUGUUUGCAGUUAAAGAAGAAGGAAAAACAGAUUUUUAUGCCAUUAUAGAUAACGAUAAUGUUUUGUCAUUACUCGUAAGAAGUGAUAACAAACAAGAGUUUGGUAAUGUAAUUGCUAAUGAUUCAUAUACAGAAAUGGAAAUAAAUAUAAUUGCCAAUGAUAUGAAAUUCGCUCAUGAAGAUAGCGAAGCAUUUAUUGAAAGGAUUGCCGAAAUAAAGACAAGACAAUUUGUAAAUAGGCUAAUGGACGACUAUAAAAAUGAAACUACAAAAGAGAAGGUUUUUAAUUUUCUAAAAAUACUUGUACCAUUUUACAAUUGUAUUGAAAGCGUAAAAGCGGAUAGCAAAAUUGGAGCCGCAAUAAGCUGUCCUUCAGAUGCUCUCAUCCUUCUUCCUGGAGUAAGUCUUGCCACAAAAUACGCAACAAAAAUAAGCGACAACUUUGUCAUUGGAUCAGGCCAAAAAUAUUUAAUUAGAAGUACUUUUGCAAGUACAGCAAGUGCCAGUAGAUUAACUUCAUUAUAUCAAGUUUCAAAAGUGUUGGCGAGAUCCGUUUCGCAGGAAAUUCUUACCAAGCACCUGUUAAAAGAUAUGUCUAUUUCCUUCCUACAAGUAGUAGAUCCUGGAUUUCAAUUAACCUUCCAUUUAAGCAAGUUUGGCUACAAAUCAUUGCACAAGACGUAUAACUUUAUGAUUCAAAAAAUUGCAACGACUGCUAUAAAUAAAAAUCUAAAAUUGAUAUUAACAACUAUGUUAAAAAAGCUUAAUACUAAGAUGAAACUGUCAACCACAUUUAAUGGUCUGAUACCUAAGGUUCUGCGUGAAGAGAAAAAUUAUAAACUAGUUCAAUACUAUUAUCCCGGCGGUGAAAAUUUCUUUGGACCCACAUGCAUAUCAUCAUUUGGAAAUACUGCAGAACUAAGAACCAUUGAAGGCAGUUCACCUCAAGUACCCGUGUUGCCAGUAAAAGAUAACAUGAACAAAAUCUCGUAUCGUAAAUAUAAUCCAGCAACUAAUGAAAUUUCUAAUAUAAAACUGGAAAUGGGAGAAAAUGAUCUACUCCGAAGUAAUCUACCUUAUCUUGAAGAUACGAAAAUAAUACCAUACAAAGUUAAUCUGAAAACACAACAAGUAAAAGGGGGUUUGCCGACUAAUGAUAUUCCUUUAACAUCAAAAGGAUUCGACCAACUUCUUUCUCCGGAUACUUUGCCAAAUGUUGAUAUUUCUGGAAUGGACAGAAAAGAGCUUCUUCGGAGACUUAUGCCUUAUCUAAAUCUAGAUGGAGAUACGAAAAUAAUAAAAGAUUAUCAAGUUUAUCAUAAUACGAUUGAAUGGAAUAAGACACCAAACAACCCAGGUACGUCACGAGAAAUUGUGCCAAGUGGAAAUACUCUUGAUACUUCAAGGCCAGCUGAAGAAUUAGUUCUAAGUAACCCUCUAUCUAAAGUUAUGUAUGGUGAACAAAAAUAUCGUGAAAUGUUAUUAUCUUUAGAAGAUUUAAAACCUGAAAAAUGGGUUGAUUUAUACAAAAAUAAAGACAAAUUAAUAACAUUACAAAAAAAUUUAGAGAGAAUACGUUGGAAUCAAGACAUAGAAAAGUGCGAAAUGCCAAAAGAACUGUGGUUUAAACAAACAUUAGACAAACCACUAAUUGUUGAUACUUUGAAGGCAAUGAAAGGAGAAGAUUUUUAUUUCAAUGAUAUUACCCUAUUGACAGAUAUUCGUCCAAGUGAAAUUAAUAUUGUUAAUGAAAAAUCAAAUUCCAUAACAGAAGUUCGUUAUCACAUGACAAUUGAUUCUCAAUAUGGAAUUGUUGAUUUAGCAGCAUUUGAUAAGAGUUGGAAAAACCAAUUUGUUGUUUAUCCAGAACUCACAUUUUCGGUAGUAAAUGCUGAAUUCAAAAAUGGAAGGGAUUUCUUACUUUUAGAACUAAAACAAAAGCCAAUAUUGCAAUUGGAUUGGCAGAUAUAUAAAAUAAAGUAUAAUUAUUUACUUGACACUAAAGAAAUAUCUACAUUUACAAGAAGUGUAGAUAUCGAGAAUGCUGCCAGCCUUAUCUCAUUAAAUACUCCUCGUCAUAGAUUAACAGAAAUGGAAGAAAUGUUAAAAGGUUACAUUUUAAGAAUCGAUCCAAUUGAAACUCGUGUUCCUACUUAUGAAAUGUUGGCAAAGGAAAUAAAUACAGGUAUUACACCUUCUAAAAUAUUUAACGAAUGGAAAAUAAAGAAUCAUAUUUUUAUUGACGAUGUACUAUUUAAAAAGUCUUUAUAUCAAAUUGAAAAUUUGGAAGAUGCGAAAAAAACUAUAAACUAUAUUUUUGAUGGGAUUCAUUUACAGAAUAUUGAAGCUGUGUUUGAAAGUUAUAAGUUAUUUCCAAUUCGGCAAAAUAUGCGAUUUGAGGAUUAUUAUGUAUUGUAUUCACAUUUUGCAAAUACUUUACCACCAACUGCAUAUGCACAAAGAAAAUUUUUGGCUUCACUAUACAGAUUAGCCCUUAGACAGUGUGAUGAUAAAUUUACUACAAUUCCAAAAACACUUUAUCGUGCUGUAGAAUUAAGUAGAGAAGAAUUGUCACAACUACUAUUUUCUGAAUAUUAUCUUCGUCGUUUUAAAAUGAAUCAUAAGGCUUUUUAUUCAAAUGCACAAAAUGCUGUAAAAAAUACUCCUAGAACUAGUGAUUCAAAGAUAGUAGUAUUGUAUAAAUUGGAAAUUCAGAAUCCAUCUGGAAUAGUGCACAUUGAUCCUUAUUAUUUCAAUGUUCCCAUGCAAAUGUAUUAUGUUCCUGAUGAAAUAAGUUUUACAUAUGACUGGCAAGUAGAUAAACCUGUUAAAGAAUCUGAUUUUAUUACAUUGCCAAUAGUCUAUAUGGAAAUUAUAAAAGAAAAACGAAUGGUUAGAUUGGUAAAUGAGUUAAAUACAUUAUUUUCAACCAAUGAUAAAUUUUACGCUAAUCUAAAUUCACUGAAAAAUAAGCCAGCUAUUGAUUAUCGAAAUGCGAUUGAAAUUAGACAACCAAUUGUUAAAGGUGGUUUACCAAGUGAUAAUAUUCCGUCAACUUCAAGAGGACCUGGAAAACUUACUUCGCAGGGUAAUUUUCGAAUUAAUGAUGUUUUCGAUAAAAAAAAAUUAUUAAAGGUAUUAGCAAACAUUGAUUAUACUGAGACAUUAGUUUUGUUUGAAAAUAAAGGAAUUGCUGGUUUGAAAGACAGUAAAUCAAAUUUGUAUAAUGUUCGAAGCCUUGUCGAUUCAUUAUCAAAUAUACAAAUUAUUAAACCUUACAAAUUUAAACUACCAACAAAAUUGUUUAGUCAAACAUCAAUGAAAAGCAUUUUUGUUAGUGAUUUGGAGAAAUUGAAAGGAAAAGAAUUUUUUUUUAACGAUCUUACAUUUUUGAGAGAUAUUGCACCAAUUGACUCUAAAAUAUCAAAAUUUCCCUUUGAAAAAGAAGUACGUUUCCACAUAACUAUGAAUUCUCAAUAUGGAAUUGUCGAUCUUUCUGAAUUUCAGCAUACUUUAAAAAACCAAUACAUUGUAUAUCCGGAACUUGAGUUUACUGUACAGAAUACCCAUUACAUUAAUGGAGAAUCUAUUUUGCAAAUGGAUCUAGUUCAAAAGCCAAUAGAAAAAGAAAAAUGGAUUAAAAUUAGAGAAGAGAGUUCAAAGUUACUUAACAAUAAAGAAGUGGAACAAUUAAUAAGAAGUUCAAGUAUUGAAGAAGCUGCGGAUUUCAUAUCCACGAGAAUACCCCUACACAGACUCAGUGAUGCGAAAAAAAUGUUAAAAGAAUAUAUUUUAAGACCAGGUUCCAGUAAUAUUAUGUUGUCUUAUAAUUCAUUGGCAAAAGAUAUUUUUGAAAGUGGUUCAAUUCCAAGUCUAUAUAGUCCAUUAAAAAUAAAAAAUAACAUUUUUAUUGAUGAUGUACUGUUUCAAAAUUCUCUAUAUGAAGUUAAAAAUUUAGCAUCUGCAGAGAGAACCAUUAAUAGAAUAUUUCGUCAUGUUCAUAUACAGGAUGUUGCACCUGUGUUUGACGCUUUCAAGAGUACAAUAGGAAUUCAAAAUAAUAUCCGAUUUGAGGAUUACUUCGUUAUUUAUUCACAUUUUUCUGGUAAAUUAAAAGGAGAUAAACAUUGGAAAACAAGAUUAGAUGUUGCAUUUAAGAGAUUGGCCCUAAGACAAAUUGUUACUGGACAUUUUUUCAAAAAACCAUUUCCACUUUAUCAAGCACAUUUAGUUUCUAAUGAACAUUACAAUCAAAUAUUAGGAAGAGAAUUAGGUAAAAGUGUAUCAUUUAGUACAGAUAAUUCGUUUCAUAGAAUUCAAGAAGAUGCUAUGAAAUACAUCCCAAAUACCUCCGAUAAAAAAAUAUUAUUCACUCAAUUGAACUUAAAUAGUAUGGCUGGAAUUGCAUAUAUUGAUAGAAGUUUUAAAUUUCCAACAAAUCGAAGAUAUUAUAUUCCACAAAGUUUUAAUUUGAAAAAAUAUGGAAUAAUUAAGAAAACUAUUGAUGGGGAGAAUGUUGAUUUUAUUUUACUUAAAGACGAUUCGUAUUUAGAUGAGUAUCGUAUGGUUAAAUUAGUUAACGAUUUAAAUAAAUUAUAUUCAUCCGAUUUAAUGUUUCACUUUAAUGAUAUUUAAUUUAUUAAUGUAACUAUAAAAUUGUUUUUUCGAUAUUAUAAGUCUUAUAAAUAUAUAUAAUUUCUUUUAAUUUUAUUUCUUAUUUGAAAUUUAGUUUUAUUUCCAUUUUUAAUUAUCACUAAGUUAUCUUUAUUUUUCGUUUAAAAACUGUCGGUUAG